UAUUUAUUUACACACACACACACACAAAGCCUCCUUCUCCUCUCACCUUCCUCCACCCUUAAAGAUCAUCAGAGAAGAAGAUUGAUCUCAUGGCUGAUGAUAAUAACAUCAACUACUCUCAAGACAUCUCAAACAACCUCAAGAGUCCUCUCCUUCCUCUGAUCCAAACACCUCAACAACAACAACAACAACAAGAAGAUAACAACAACAAUAACAGUACUAGAAGCUUGUGUUUACUUAGAUCCAUCCUGACAACAAAGACUUUCUUGGUAGUCUUAGGACCUCUAUUGUGCACACUGAUAUGUGUGUUUGUUGAUCUUGGUAGUGGUGAUGACCGGAAAUCAAGCCGGAACAUGUUGGCUGUGCUUGCAUGGGUGUUUGAGUGGUGGUUGGCUGAGGCAGUCCCUAUGGCCAUCACUUCCAUGGCUCCUCUCUUCCUUUUUCCUGUCUUUGGCAUCUCUUCAUCUGAUGAAGUUGCUAAGUACUAUAUGAAUGACAUUAUAUCCCUUGUCCUUGGUAGCUUCAUCCUUGCCAUCGCCGUUGAGCAUUACAAUCUUCAUCUCCGCCUCGCCUUGAAGAUGACGUCAGCAUUCUACGGUGAGCACUUAAACCCACCGAUAAUGCUACUGGCCAUAUGCGCAGCAAGCAUGUUUGUCAGUAUGUGGAUGCACAACACUGCAGCUGCAAUGAUGAUGAUUCCGGUGGCCACCGGAAUACUUGAGAGGUUUCCAAAAGGAGAAGAUGCACAUCCUGAUGUUAAGAAGUUCUGCAAGGCUGUGAUUUUGGGUGUCACUUUCUCUGUUGCCAUUGGUGGUAUGAGCACAUUAACUGGCACCGGAGUUAACUUAAUUCUGGUUGGAAUGUGGGAAAGUUACUUUCCUACAGAAAAAUCUAUUGGUUUUAGCACUUGGUCUAUGUUUGGCUUGCCUUUGGCUGUUGUUAUAUUCUUUGCUCAAUGGUUUCUUCUUUGCUUCUUUUAUUGCUCCAAAAGCUCUGGAAAAGCUCUCUCUCCUUACCUUGAUAAAUCUGAUUUGAAAAGAGAGAUUGAAUCACUUGGGCCAAUGUCAUUUGCUGAGAAGAUGGUUUUGCUUGAUUUUUCAUUAUUGGUGGUGUUAUGGAUGACAAGAAGCUUGACAAAUAGUGUACCUGGUUGGGGAGUUCUGUUCAAUGAUCGUGUUGGUGAUGGUGCUGCCAGUGUGAUGAUGGCGACAUUGUUGUUCAUAAUCCCAAACAAAAAACCCGGAGAAAAACUGAUGGACUGGAACAAAUGCAAGAAACUCCAUUGGAACAUCAUCCUCCUUUUGGGCGCCGGCUUCGCCAUCGCCGACGGCGUCCGCACAUCCGGCGUCACCGACAUCAUCUCCUCCAACCUCGACUUCCUCCGAUCAUCCCCUUACCUCGCCAUUGCCCCUCUCUCCGCCCUCAUCAGCGCCAUCAUCACCGAAUUCACAUCCAACGACGGCACCACAACCCUCGUCCUCCCUUUGCUCAUCCAGCUCGCCCAAGCCAUGAAGGUCCAUCCUCUCCUCCUCAUGAUCCCCGGCGCCAUGGGAGCUCAGCUCGCUUAUUUGAUUCCCAUGAGCACCCCUUCCAAUGUCGUCGGCUUCUCCACCGGCCAUCUUCAGAUCAUCGACAUGAUUAAGGUUGGUCUUCCCCUCAAGAUCGCCGCAAUCGCCGCCAUCGCCAUCCUCAUGCCCACUUUAGGAGUUUGGGUGUUCGACAUAAAUAACAAAAUUGAGGAUGUCUUCACCAAAAUUUAAGUGUGAUUUUGAUGGCCGUACGAAAUGGAUGGGUUGUUCGUUUUAUGUAUAUAAUGUUAUCUUUUAUAUAUGAUGUUAUAUAUUUUUUUUUAAUAAAUUAUGGAGUGUAAAAAUCUUAAAAAUUGAAUUA